AUGUCCCGAUCUAGCACGCCGACUCUCCCUCUGCACACCAGCCCGGCGCAUACACGAUCCAGCAGCCCCUCACAGCUGCAGCCUCCACGCGACAAUGGCGGAGGACACUCGAGAAACGUCAGCCGGGUCAAGAUCCCCGGCCAGCAGUCGAUAACUGCCCAGCAUGCCGCAUUAAGUGCUGAGCAAGUCGCUGACAAGCAUUCGACAUCUCUCAGUCGUGGCUUACAUCCUGGCGAUGCAUCAAAUCGAUUGCAUGUCCAAGGUCCCAACGAGUUGCCAUCGGAAGAGCCAGAACCCCUAUGGCUGCGCUUCGUCAAGCAGUUCAAGGAAACACUGAUCCUACUACUGCUUGCCAGUGCCGCCAUAUCAGCCUUCAUGGGCAACUUCGAGGAUGCCGUUUCUAUUGCGAUCGCGGUCACCAUUGUGGUCACAGUUGCAUUCGUACAAGAGUACAGGAGUGAGAAGAGCUUGGAAGCGUUGAGCCAAUUGGUGCCACAUUUCGCGCACGUAAUAAGAACGAAUCUUGAUGUACAGGGACGGGGUAAUGCAGGUGCCGAGAAUGGCGAGCCGAAGGCGCCUGGAAACGAUGACCAGGCAAGGGCAGAGAAGGCGAGCACAACUGUGUCUGCUUCACAAUUGGUGACCGGGGACUUGGUGCUAUUCCAUACUGGCGACAGGAUACCCGCCGACAUUCGCAUUACGUUCGCGGCGGAUCUGAGCAUCGAUGAGAGUAAUUUGACCGGAGAGAAUGAGCCUGUCGCAAAGAGCGCCGACACAAUUGCUGCUGCGCCGCACCUCAAUGGAAGUGCUGAUCCAGCGACGUUACUUAGAGGAGGCAUGGGAGGCGACAUACGGCUUACGGAUCAGACCAACAUCGCUUUCCAAGGAACACUGGUCCGCUCUGGCUAUGGCCAGGGUAUCGUCAUUGGCACAGGAGGCGAGACCGAGUUUGGUGCCAUCAGCGCAUCUUUACAAGAGAUUGAGUCUCCUCGAACGCCACUACAGCAAAGCAUGGAUCGACUGGGUAAGGACUUGAGUUACAUGUCAUUUGGUGUCAUUGGCUUAAUCAUUCUGGUCGGCUUAUGGCGAGGCAUGCAAUUCUUGGAGCUGUUCCAAAUCGGCGUGUCGCUAGCAGUGGCAGCUAUACCGGAAGGCUUGCCCAUCAUCGUUACUGUCACGCUUGCACUUGGUGUACUGCGGAUGAGCAAGAGGAAUGCGAUCGUACGCAGACUUCCGUCUGUGGAAACGCUAGGAUCCGUCAAUGUGGUAUGCUCGGACAAAACUGGAACUCUUACUGUCAACCACAUGACAGUGACCAGGAUGUGGAGCUUUGGACAUGACGUGCCGCAAGAAGUGGCCAAAGUACACAGAGACUCGCCAAAUGGCGCAACGACCCAAGCAGUACUCAGAGCUGCAAAUAUCGUCAACAAUGGCCGUCUCAACACCCAUAGUCAUGGUGGUGUGACAGCCGCCAGUGCAACUGUCUUGGCCAACACAGGUGGAGAUGAUGAUCUAGCGAAUGCGAAGAGUCGAUGGGCUGGUCAGCCAACCGAUGUGGCAUUGCUGGACCUGCUCGAUGCAUUCCACGAGGACGAUGUACGUGCCCGAAUUGGCGAGAGGAAGCAUGAGAUGCCGUUUUCGAGCGAGCGGAAGUGGAUGGGUGUCAUCACCGAAGGCCAAGACGGUAAUGAUACAGCUUACAUCAAAGGUGCGCUCGAGCGUGUACUUGGAAGGUGUGAUACCUACACCUCCGAUCAAGGCGGAGAGGUCGUUCUGGACGAGAAGCGACGACAAGAAGUGGAUCAAGCGGCACGUAAGAUGGCUGAGGAAGGCCUCCGAGUGCUGGCAUUCGCCUCGGGACCUGUAAGGCCUGUAAGGAGCGGUGCUAGUCGCAAUGUGAGCAAGAACAGAAUGACCGACUCCCGCUCAUCAACGCCAGCUUCAGCUCUAGGACGCUCGGCAGUUGCUGCAGCUAACGAGGACACCUACACCGGGCUUUGCUUUGCUGGUCUGGUGGGCAUGUCAGAUCCACCACGUAAAGGCGUUGACAGAUCAAUAAGACGACUCAUGGCAGGUGGCGUCAAGGUGAUCAUGAUCACUGGCGACGCGGAAGCUACAGCAAUCGCAAUCGCGAAGAAGCUUGGCAUGCCUAUCAAUGAGAACUCUGCCAUUGGAUCGCCAGUACUGCGUGGCGAUCAGCUUGACCAGAUGAGCGAUGCUGAGCUCGCAGAAGCCAUGUCGCGCAUCCUGAUCUUUGCACGGACAAGUCCUGAACACAAGCUCAAGAUCAUCAGCGCAUUACAAUCGCGCGGCGACGUUGUUGCAAUGACUGGAGACGGUGUCAAUGAUGCACCAGCUCUGAAGAAGGCUGACAUUGGCAUCAGCAUGGGCAAGCUGGGCACUGAUGUCGCGAAAGAGGCCGCUGAUAUGAUCUUGACCGACGACAACUUUUCGACUAUUCUGAACGCUAUCGAAGAGGGCAAGGGCAUUUUCUACAAUAUCCAAAACUUCUUGACAUUUCAACUCAGCACGAGUGUGGCUGCUUUAGGGCUGGUCAUGUUGAGCAGCCUGGGUGGCUGGAAGAAUCCGCUCAAUGCUAUGCAGAUUUUGUGGAUCAACAUCUUGAUGGAUGGUCCACCAGCACAAUCUCUCGGCGUCGAGCCCGUCGAUCCAGCCCUCCUCACCCAACCUCCCCGUCGCCGCGAUGCCCGCGUCCUGACGCCAAAGCUCAUCCAGCGCGUCCUUCAAUCAGCUGUCAUCAUCCUCCUCGGCACACUUCUUACCUACGUCCGCAACCUGACCGCCGAAGACCUCGCAGCCCACUCCGUCUCCGCCCGCGACACAACCCUGACUUUUACCCAAUUUGUCCUCUUCGAUAUGUUCAACGCCCUGGCCUGCCGGUCCUCCUCCAAAUCCGUCCUCCUCGGCGAAGUACCCAUUCUACCGAAAUGGUUCGCUGAAGUCUGCGGGAUCCGGCAAAAGGCAGAGGGGAACCAGAUGUUCAACUAUGCUGUCGCUGGUAGUUUGCUGGGACAGGCGUUGGUUAUAUACUUCCCGCCGCUGCAGAGGGUCUUUCAGACUGAGGCGCUGUCGACUUUCGAUCUGCUCGAGUUGGUGGCGAUGGCGAGCAUUGUAUUAUGGGUUGACGAGGGCAGAAAGCUGUACCAGAGGCGGUUUGGCAGUGGCAGGAGUCUGCCGAGCGGGUACAGUAGGAUCGUGUAG